AUGCUGGCCGAGGAGCCCAAGUUCAGCUUGGCUGAAGCGCUCAACGACCUCGACCUGGACCUCACCAAGCAUGGCAAUGAACAUGAUAGACGGGACAUGGCCCGUAUGGGCAAGAUCCAAGAGAUGCGCAGAAAUUUCAAAUCCUUGACUGUGAUUGGCUUUAGUGCCAUCAUCAUGUGCUCGUGGGAAUCUCUUCUCAGUACAGCUUCCCUUGCCCUUGAAAAUGGUGGUUAUGCUGGUCUUGUGUACACAUGGCUCUUUGCAUGGCUCGGCUUCAAUACAGUCUAUGCGUCCAUGGGUGAGAUGGCUUCCAUCGCACCAACCACAGGUGGCCAGUAUCACUGGGUCAGUGAGUUUGCGCCUGAAAAGCAUCAAGCUUUCCUUAGCUACAUUGUUGGCAUGCUUGGUGUCUUGGGCUGGCAAAGUCUGGUCGCGUCCAUUGCGUUCCAGGCUGGCACCGAGAUCCAAGGCCUCUUCGUCCUCAACUACGGUGAUGCCUAUGAAUUCCAACGAUGGCAUGGUACGCUCUGGGUCAUUCUCAUUAUCCUCUUCGCUGCCUUGUUCAACACACUCCUGGCCAACCGCCUACAUCUGGUCGAAGGUUCCAUUCUUAUUGUCCAUGUGUUUGGAUUCUUUUGUGUUCUUGUACCAUUGUGGCUUCUGUCGCCUCGCACAGCUAGCAAAGUAGUCUGGACCGAAUUCCGCGAUCCAGGCUGGGGAAGCAAGGGCUUAUCUUCCUUGAUUGGUGUUGUUGCCAGUGUGCUGCCCCUUCUGGGAGCAGAUGCCUCCGUACAUAUGGCUGAAGAAGUCCAAGAUGCGGCCCGCACAUUGCCUAGAAGCAUGUUGUGGUCAGUAAACAUCAACGGACUUAUGGGCUGGCUCACGGCCAUCACCCUUUGCUAUUGCAUAGGAGACCUCAGUACUGUUUUGGAUACACCCACUGGAUAUCCAUUCAUUCAGGUCUUCUACAACAGCACCCAGUCGCUUCCAGCGACCAACUUCAUGACCAUCAUUGUCCUAUUCAUGGCAACCUUUUCAUGCGUCACCAUCAUGGCGUCUGCGUCUCGACAGAUAUUCGCCUUUGCAAGAGACCAAGCACUACCAUUUUCGGGCUGGAUUUCAAAAGUUCACCCGACCCUGGGCGUCCCUGUGAAUUCUGUCAUUAUAUGCGUCUGCAUCUCAUCCGCGCUUUCUUUUAUCAACAUUGCUAGCGUUGUUGCUUACAACAACAUCCUGUCCUUGGGCUCGGCGGCGCUCAUGGUAUCGUAUAUUGUGUGUAUUGCCUGUUUCCUCUGGAGACGCAACUCCAGCGAACCUGCCCAAAUGAACAAGUUUUCCAUGGGCAAAUAUGGCAACCUGGUCAAUAUUAUCGCAAUCAUAUUCUUGUCCAUAGUUUUUAUUGUGGCGUUCUUUCCGCCUGUGCCACGGCCGUGGCUGACUUGGGACACCAUGAAUUGGUCGUCGGUGAUUUUCACCACGGUAUUGGUAUGGAGCAUUGCAUACUAUUACAUUUGGGGAAGAUAUAUAUAUGAAGGCCCGGUGAAGAAUGUGCAAAAGACGGAGAUGAUUCAUGAGACACAGAGCCACCAAUACGUAUAG